AUGGUGCGCUGUAGGUUUGCAGUUAUUUUGACAAUUUCCUUAUUUUCUAACGCAUUCUGCGUGCCAGCUGUUGGCCUACGAAGAAGGAGGAUCCCUGAAGAUAGCAACAAUUCCGAAAUUAGCGAGGACGUAGCUCCAAUUAAAGCUUCUACAUCCAGCUCAACGACAGUUUCAUUAAGCCCCAACAACGAUGACGACGAUGACGACGAUGACGAUGACUUUGGAACAUCAAGCCAUGGAACUUCAACUGGUGGCGGUGGUAGCAACUUAUUUAGUUUGUUGAACCUCGCCACGUCUCUCAUGCCAGCGUCCGGGUCAGGAUCCUCGGGUGGCAAUACUAACACCUUGACGCACACAGUCAAGGCUUUUACUUUCGAUUUGUGCCGCGCACCUGGAUGGUGGUUUAUUGAAACAAGUUGUGAUGCACUGGUACUGGAUUUUUGCACCGAUAUACACUUUACAUUCAAGGUAAAAAAUAACAACAUAAUUGUAAAAAAAUUAAUACAAGACUUGAUACGUAUAAACCGUAAUCAAAUUAAGCUGGUACAAAGACGUAAGGACCUCGCAGAUAAUGUUAUAGAUAUCGACUAUACAGAUAUAAAACCUCCACUGUUUCAAAAGCUUGAAGAACUUGAUGACUCUGAUGAUGAUGAGAAUGACAGUGACUCUGAAGGUUCUGACGAAGACAAUGGAGGAGAGGAGAGUGUGGAGAAAGAGAGUAAUGAGAAUGGAGGUUCUAAACAAGAUUCUGCUUCUAAUGGUGACAGCGCAGGCGAUAAUGAUGAUGAUGAUAAUGACUCAGAUUAUGAUGAGCCACCUGAAGGAGAUGGUCAGGGAGGUGGAAUACUAGGACUCCUUGCUGGACUUAGUGGCGACGGUGAUUCGGAUUUGGGAACUUUAUUAGCGACUGUGGGUGGAAUCGUCGCCAAUUUGAGCGGAGAUGGUGUUGAUAUAAAUGCUUUAAUAGCAACUGCGUUGGGUCUUUUAGUUGGCUUGCUGUCUGAAGGGAAUCAGAAUCCUGGAGAAAUAAUCGGACGUUAUCUUCUGACGUCACUGGACACUAUCACAGGAGGUGGGGCGCAAAACAACGGCGCAUUCUUUGGCAAAUUCUUGUCCACAUUAAUAAAGGGGACGAGUGCGGCUGGUGAUCCUGAUGCUUCAGGAUCUUCUGAAAACAAUGGUCCCAAGAUGGCGGACUCAGCUGGUUUCUUUGCAAGCCUACUGAUGGGGCUACUCGGAGAAAUGUCGAAAACAAGUUCUGGAAGCAGUUGGCGAUAGAAACGAAAUCCUUAAUAUUUAGGGAAGAUGUUUGAAUAAUAGCGAAAUGUUAAUAUCCAGUGACAAUAGAGGUCUUUUCUGUGUAGGAUAGUCGAAUGU